UAAAGCAAUUAUCGCUUUAUUAAGCCGUGGACUAACUUAAAAUAUGGGGCAGCAAUUAAAUUAUGUAUUGUUCUUAGUGUGGCUGUGCUAUUUAAUUGUUUCUUCGAUAUUGUUAUUCAAUAGAGGAUUUUUAUUAACCAGAGUUGUUCAAAAUAAUAAUUCUACGUGUUUAUCACAUAAAGACGUACCUUGCCCUGAUGGACAAUCAUUUUUGGAAAACGUAACAAACGGCCAUGAAGAUCAGUGCCUUUAUAACCACAAAGUUGUUAAGAUAAUGGAAGAAAUGGACAAUGCUGCGGGGAUAUGUCUACCACCUAAAGCAAAGGUUAUAUUGCUGGUUGUGGACGCUUUGAGAUAUGACUUCACUGUGUAUGAUGAGAAGACACAAAAUCCCAAAUUUUAUCAGAACAAAUUGCCCAUCAUACAUGAACUCAAGACAAAAUAUCCUGAAUCAACAAGACUCUACAAGUUUAUUGCUGAUCCCCCAACAACAACAAUGCAGAGGCUUAAAGGACUAACAACUGGUAGCUUGCCUACAUUUAUUGAUGCUGGUUCCAAUUUUGCAACCUCUUCAAUUAAUGAAGAUAAUUUAAUAGAUCAGUUAUCAAGGAAUGGUUACAAUACUGUUUUUAUGGGUGAUGACACCUGGACUGGGCUUUAUCCUGAUAGAUUUUUAAGAAGUUAUCCUUAUCCAUCUUUUAAUGUUUGGGAUUUAGACACUGUUGAUAAUGGUGUUACACUCAAUUUGUUUCCCGAAAUAAAGAAAAAUGAUUGGCAUUUACUAAUUGGCCAUUAUCUAGGAGUAGAUCAUGCUGGACACAAACAUGGACCAAGCCAUCCAGAAAUGAGCAGAAAAUUGGGAGAAAUGAAUGAUGUCAUAAAGAGAGUGGUAAACCAAAUGGAUAAGGACACAAUGUUAUUUGUGAUUGGAGACCAUGGAAUGACUGUGACGGGAGACCAUGGCGGCGAAAGCGAAGAUGAGGUCACCGCGGGAAUGUUCGUGUACUCCAAAGAAGUAUUGUCUAAUUUUGGUCCAGUCCAGCAAUCCGUCAAGCAAAUCGAUUUAGUGCCUACACUCGCAACAAUCUUAGGUGUUCCUACACCUUUUCAAAGCCUUGGAAAUGCCAUCAUUAAUUGUUUUCCUUUAAACAACAAAACAGACAAUGUUGAAGAGUGGCAACUCUCAUUGUUUUCACUGUGGGCCAAUGUACAGCAAGUUCUGGAGUACAUUAGAGCAUAUUCUGAGAAAACGUCCACAUUUAAUGAAGACACUUUGAAAACUUACUAUGAAAAAUACGCAGUACUCAAAUCCAAUCUUCGUUCGAUAGAUUCGGAAAAGAAAUUUAAAGUUUUUGCCGAAGAUCUUUCGGACUUCGUUAUUAGUUUGAGAACUAUGUGUGAAGAGGUCUGGGUACAGUUUGAUUCUUAUUCGAUGACUCGUGGAUUGUUGUUCAUGUUUCUUUCAAUAUUCUUUGCAUUUACCAUAGUUGAUGGUAUUCCUUCACAAAGAUUACCGGAAAUAUUUCAAAGUUCCUUUGUUCUAUGUUCAAUUGCGGCUAUUAGUAUUUCUACUUUGUUCGUUGUUGGCCUUUAUUAUUUUGAUAUAAGUGAUAAUUUGUCUUCAAACAUAUUUUUUGCUAAUGGCGUUACAUCACAGCUUAUGAUGGUUGUAUUAGUUAUACAAAAUUGGGAAGUUAUUAGUCAGAAUUGGCAUGAUAGAAGAAAAUUAAAUAAACUUUCUAAUGGCAUUUGUCGCCUUAUAUUAGUUGGUAGUGUCUGUGGGGUAUUUUCUAACAGUUACAUUAUUGAGGAAUGCUUUGUAUUAUUGUUUCUAUUAGUAUCUGUAAUUAUUAUCGGCACUAUUGGUAUCAGUUCUACAAAUACUGCAGAUAACAAGAACCAAAAGAAAUCUGAAAGCAAUACAUUAAAAAGGUCAAAAAUAAAGCUCUUCUUUUUAGCUCUCUGCGUUGCUGCUUUGGUUAGGUGUACUCUGUAUUUUUGGCGAUGUAGAGAAGAGCAGCAAUGGUGUUUUGAAUCACCACAUGAAAUUAGUAAUAUUACGUCCAAAAUGGAGACAUCAAAGGUUCAGUUUAUAAUUACAUUAAUUUGUCUUGGAUUAUUUGUAUUUGUCACCAAAGUUUGGUUGCGAGAGUGUGGAAAUCUAAAUGGUUAUACAGUUAAUGUAACUUUGGCAAAAUAUUUGCCAUCAGUCUUGGUUGUUUGUAUAGCUGGAUAUUGGGGAAUAAAUAAACUUCCCAAUCAACCUAAAAGGAACAUCCAUCCAUACAUUCCAGAGAAUAUUUUAGCUUGGGUUGUUUAUGGAUUCUCAUAUUUUGGUUUAGUUACUAUUAUUUUUGACCCGCUUUGUGUGUAUAUUCUUCCAAGAAAAAAUGAGGUAGACAUAAAUGUUAAUACUGAAGACAAUAUCAUACCGCAACUGUUUAAUAAAAUGAAGAAAGCUUAUACAGAAGUACGUAAUAAAGAUGAUGUACCAAUAGUCUGUGGAUUGGGUACUGUGUACAGUGCAGUGUAUGUAAUUGCUGGCAUCUACUUGAGCAUGAUUUUCUGUCUUUUGCUUGGCGAUUUUGUAGCACCAUCUGCUCUUAUUAUGUUUUUGACUGUCGGCUUCGUUCUAAUAAUUACAUCUAUUAUCAGGAUUGAACAGGCUUCGACAAUAGAGAGCUUAUUUGACGUGCCUCACAUAUCCGUUUUGGUGUGGGUUAUACUGUCCCAAUACUUCUUUUAUGGAACUGGACACCAGGCAUCAUUUCCAAACAUAAACUGGGAAGCGGCGUUUGUCGGAUUACGUGGUGUUUCGAUUUAUAACUAUGUGCCCGGCACUUUGGUAAUUAUUAAUACGUUUUGUUCGAAUAUUCUUAUGGGUUUCUUGUUGCCUUUGAUACUGAUCGCACCGUUCAACGUAUUCGUAAUGAUACCCUCGGUGCUGGGAAAGAAACACGAGUUGCAAUCGGCUUCGCAGAGAGGAGAGGUAUUGCUUUACGAGAGGGAUGAUUUGAUGGUAACGUCCACGUUUACACUUGCAUGUAAAUAUAUCAUGUGUCAUGGUAUCAGGGUGUUCGCUUGUAUGAUGUCGGCCACCAUCCAUUGCAGACACUUGAUGGCGUGGAAGAUAUUUGCACCGAAGCUUAUAUUCGAAUCAAUAGGAAUGGUCGUUACAAUAGUUUCAGUAGUUUUAGGGUUUCUAGUACUUCUUAGAAUUAACAAAAAAGUAGAUAAACUUGUUACACACCUUAAUAAAAUAAGAUGAUUUUGUAAUAAUUUAGUAAUAAUUCAUUCCAGUCUAGUCUAACCAUUUUACCUCACCCCUCGAAAAAGACUGUUUUUCAAUAAAAAUUGAGUGAAAAAUUUAUAAAUAUGUAAAAACAUAUAUUAUAAGAUCAUAAAUUUUUCUGUUCAACAAAUAUUUAUGUGUGUAUUUGGUUUAGGUACUAUCAUUGUAUUUAAAGAUGUGUUUUAAUUCUA